AUUUCUUCCCUAACGCAAACUUUAGAAGCAAAUGGAAGACAGAUCACUGAUUAUUGAAAAUGUUGUUGUUUUGUCACGUUGAUCGGCAGAUGUGAGCCAUAGAAAUGAUUUUCCUAAAGGAAUUGUGUUUUCUGCUAUUAUUCCUUGCUGGAUUUUGUACAGGUGAUGAUAAUGAGCUAAAAUUGAAUAUGGUAGGCUUCACAUCCACUCCUGCUGUUCAGAACUCUAAGAAAACUAUUAUUCGUGGCUACACUCUUGGUUCCGACAGAUCAGAUAAUAUCACACUCAGCAUUGAUUGGUUAGACAAUAUAGGGCAUCUUUCAGGAAACCAACUUUGUAACAAUUCUAAUGCGAGUGAAUUUGCUUAUGUUGAAUGUAACCUUGUCAAUACUGAUUUCGCUAAGUACCGUCAAGCUACCAUUAGUUGCUCAAAUAGUGGCUGCACAGAUAACGCCCGAAUCGGUGUAUUCACUGCGUACGUUGAGAAAGAUACGCGAAUUGCCACCGCUACAAUCAUUGUUCACCAUAAUAAUGCCUAUGUAAAACCGAUUGUUCGCGCCAAGACAGUUAAUGCUGGUGAUAGCAAAGUUACAUUGGGCGUCAAAAAAUUUAACGGAAGUGAAAAUAACUUACGAUGGGCGAAGGACGGAACUUCAGACAGUAAAUGGGACGGUUUGAAGAAGAUUAUAUUCGACACGAUCACCGUGUAG